AUGUCUUGCUUUGAGAGUGUGAAGAGUAACUUGGAUAGUGAUGGAAGUUGUGAAGGAGCUGCUGCCGGAGAGCUCUCCAACUGUGCCUUGGCAAUGCUGGAAAAGGAGCGAGACUCACUCCUCAGCUCCUCAGAAAGCCCUGGAACCUUCACAAGCAGCACCCCCACUAGCCUUCAGGCUGCUGCCCCCCUGCAGGGCUACGAUGUGGAGUUCGAUCCGCCCCUAGAGAGCAAAUAUGAGUGCCCCAUCUGCCUUAUGGCCUUGAGGAAUGCCAUUCAAACACCCUGUGGCCAUCGUUUCUGCAAACAUUGUAUUGAAAAGUCCAUUCGUGAUACAGGGCAAAGGUGCCCAGUCGAUAAUGAGAUGCUGUUGGAGGAGCAACUCUUUCCUGAUAAUUUUGCCAAACGUGAGAUCCUGUCACUAACUGUUCGUUGUCCUAACACUGGAUGUGCUGAGAAGAUGGAACUCCGACACUUGGAGAAUCACCUGAUGCAGUGUCAGUUUGCCACUGUGGUGUGCCAACAAUGUCAGCAGUCUGUGAGGCAGAGCCAACUAAAGGAGCACACAACCCAUCAUUGUCUACGGAGACCUGUUUCAUGUCCAGACUGUAUGGCAGACUUUGUUUAUGAGGAGAGACAGAUUCAUGAGCUGCACUGUCCCUUUGCUAACGUGACGUGCCAGUACUGUGGGAUGGAGCUCAUUAGAGACCAGAUGGUAUCUCACUGUGAUACAGAUUGUCCAAAAGCUCCUAUCGCCUGUACUUUCAGCACCUUCGGAUGCCAGGAAAAGAUGCAGCGCCACAACCUGGCUCAGCACAUGCAGGAGUUUUCGCAGAUGCAUAUGCACUACAUGGCUGAGUACCUGCGGCGCCUUAGUCUCAAUGACGCCACACCCAAGUCUCUGUGGCCCCUAGGGGAGUCUUCUGUUUCCUCUGAGGACCAUGGAGCUGCAUCACUAGCACCAGGCUCUAGUGGGCCCAAAGGGGCAGCAAGCUAUUGUAGCAGUGCCUCUUGCCAGCAUAGUGAGGAAGUUCAGAGGCUCAGGGAGAUGGAUGGGCGAUUAGUUAAGCAGGACCAUCAGCUGCGUGAGCUCAUCAUCUUGAAAGAAACACAGGCAGGCCAGCUUUCAGAGCUUCGGCGUAAAGUGUCUGCGCUGGAGGAGACUGUGAAGGAGCUGGAAGCCCAGCAAUGCCAAGGCAUCUUCAUCUGGCGCCUCAAGGGGUUUUCUGCCCACCUGCGCAACCAGGAGGCAGGUCUGCCAGUUGUGGAUCACAGCCCAGGCUUCUACACGGGCCGUCCCGGAUAUAAGCUGUGCCUGCGCCUGCACCUGCAAACCCCCCUUGCCCCACGGUGCGCCAACUAUAUUUCCCUCUUUGUCCACACCAUGCAAGGCGCUUUUGAUGGGCAGCUCAGUUGGCCCUUCCAGGGCACCAUCCGACUAGCUAUCCUGGACCAGGGCCCGGAGGGUGAUCACCACAUGGAGUUGAUGGAGACUAAGCCAGACCUUCAAGCCUUCCAGAAGCCCACUAUCCAACGCAACCCCAAAGGUUUUGGCUAUGUCACCUUCCUGCACCUACAACAGCUGCACCAGCGGGCCUAUGUCAAAGAUGACACGCUGCUUGUCCGCUGUGAGGUGACGCCGCGUUUUGAUGGUGCUCUUCGCCGGGAGGGAGCAGGAGUGCAGUCCAGGGGGCUGGAGGCCUCGACUUGAGGGGGUCUUGAGUUUCAAUGACUAAGAAGAUAGGAGAGGAAAAUAUUUAAAAUACUUUGUUGGGUCAAUAGUAGAUUUACUUUUAAUUAGAACAAUAUAUUAUAUGAUUUAUGUUUUGUUUUCUUUAAUCUGUUCCGAUAAGAAACGAAUACCCCUUUCACACUGGCCAAAAACCCCACAAAAACCCCGCUAAUGUCCACCUUUGGUCAAUGUAAAAAGGCGGAUGUUAGCGGGUUUUUUUGGCCAGUGUGAAAGGGGUAAAAGAGUGUAGUGGUUGAGAGAAACUUCUAAUCAGCUCUUGCAAUUAUGUUUGAUAUCUAGCAUGAAAUGAUGUACUAUUUUCAAUGUGUCACGACAGUAGGAUUACUGAUGUUUUGACAUUGCUAAAUACACUGAUGAGCCAAAACAUUAUGACCACCUGUCUAAUAUGCUGUUGGUCCUCCAUGUGCCGCCAAAACACUGCUGACCUGCUGAGGCAUGGACUCCACAAGACCCUUGAAGGUGUCCUGUGGUAUCUGGCACCAAAACAUAAGCAGCAAAUUCUUCAAGUCUUAUAAGUUGUGAGGUGGAGCCACCAUGGAUUGGACUUGUCUGUCCGGCACAUCACACAGAUGGACAAUCAGACUGAGAUCUGGAGAAUUUGGAGGCCAGGGCAACACCUUGAACACUUCAUCAUGUUCCUGAAACCAUUCCCUAACAAUGUGUGCAGUGUGGCAGGGCGCAUUAUCCUGCUGAAAGAGGCCACUGCAACAAUGUUUAGGUAGGUGGCAUGUGUGAAAUUGAUGUCCACAUGAAUGGCUGGACCCAGGGUUUCCCAGCAGAACAUUGCCUAGAGCAUUGCACUCCUUCCACUGGCUUUUCGUCUUCCCAAAGUAUAUCCUGGUGCCAUCACCUCCCCACGUAAAUGGCACACACGUACACAGCCAUUCACGUGAACUAAAGGAAAAUGGGACUCAUCGGACCAGGCGACCUUCUUCCACUGCUUCAAGGUCCAGUUCUGACACUUGUGUGCCCAUUGUAGGCACUUUUGACAGUGGACGGGUCAUCAUGAACACUGACCGGUGUGCGGCUACACAGCCCCAUACGCAGCAGGUGUGGGGCUCCAAUGCUUCCUACAGUUGAGUUGGCUUGUAUAGGAACAAGGCUAUCUCUGAGUGGCUUGUUCCUUGUCAUCCUACAAAUUUUCAGCUGGAAUGAGAUCUGGUAUCUGACCUGGCCUCUGCACUUUGGGUUGUUAUUCUCAUGUUCUUGGAACAGUUCCUGGACACUCUUAGUCUUGUGCCUUGGGGGAUUAUACUCUUUAAAAUAUUCAUCUGCAGAUGGAUACACUGUUGCCAUGAAGGAAUGCAACUGACAAUGACUUCUAGACAACGUGUGGCAUUUAAUCGUUUCUCUACUUUUGCGAAAAGGUUUAGUGUGUGCCAUAGAAACACCCAUAGACCAAGCCAGCUUCCACAGCCUACAUUGCUGUUACAUGGGCCAUGAUGCAUGUAUGGACUUAUAUGGCACUCCACAUAACCAUAUUCCUCUCCUGUACCAGAAACAGUAGCAACUCAGAUAUAUCAUGUCCAAUUCCUUUUUAUUUCUUACAACUUAAUUAGAACCAGUGCUUUUUAGCUUACGGAAGUUAAGUUUUGUAAGGCCAUACUAAUUUGUGCCAACGCGGAUACGACCCAAAGCGGAAUGUGUGCUUUAUGCAUUUUUUAAUGGGUUUUUCAGUGCUUCAUCCUGUAUCCUUCCCUAUAGCAAAGCUGAUUAAUAGAAUGUUGCUAAUAAACUCAACCCAGGACGGUAGCUUUUACCUGGAUUUCAAGGAAAGACCCAGGCAUCCCAACAGUUUUGUACACUUAGCGUAUGUUUCACUGUGUAUGUUAUAAUGUUAAAACCUGAACAGUGUAGCAGAACUUAACACAACUACACAACAUAUUUAUUUACUUGUUUCUUAAAUGUAAGUUUGAUUUGUAUUUGUCUCCAAAUUAGUAAGAAAUGCAGCUGUGGUUUUAUACAAACUACGUAGGAUUUUACAGAACCUAACAGUCUUUUGCUUUUACUGUAUGUGAGUGUAGAAAUAUAUUUUCAAUUUAAAAAGUGAGCAAACUGCCAGACAUUGCCAGAACUUUUUCGAAGCAAGGUUGAUGCCAGGUAAGAAAAUGAGUAUAAAUGGGCGUCUGGGUAGCGUGGCGGUCUAUUCCGUUGCCUACCAACACGGGGAUCAGCGGUUCGAAUCCCAGUGUUACCUCCGGCUUGGUCGGGCGUCCCUACAGACACAAUUGGCCAUGCCUAUGGGUGGGAAGCCGGAUGUGGGUAUGUGUCCUGGUCGCUGCACUAGC